AUGGCACGAUAUACUAGAUUUGGAAUCGAAUAUUUGACUCUUUUUCAUCACUUCUGCAAUAUGUUCCUACCCAGGUUCCAGUACAAAAACCAAAACAUUGAUAGUUGUACAAGCAUACGUGAAAAUAUCAUGAAAUCGAGUGGUAAAUCUGAUAUUAUCCAAUGCACCAUUAUAUGUAAAAAAGUAUUACCUUCGAUGCAACAAAUUACUCUAAAAUAA